AUGACCGCCUCCAAGACCAAGCGGAAGAGGCAACACUCGGAAGUGGAGGACGCCGUUUCCAAUGCGCUUGAGGAUCUGGAGACCGGGUCGGCCCAGCAGACGAAGAGGGCCAAGGUGGACGAAAAGAGGUCUCUCUUUGUUCGCUCGCUGCCGCCUGCCACCACAAACGAGACCCUUGCCGACUUCUUUUCCCAGCAUUUCCCAAUCAAGCACGCUGUUGUGGUCCGUGAUCAAAAGACCAAGGAUUCCCGAGGCUACGGCUUUGUUACCUUUGCCGACGCGGAAGAUGCCGCAGAGGCGCAGAAGAAGCUGGACAAGUCUCAGUGGGACGGCAGAUGCAUUCGUGUCGACGUUGCAGAACCACGACACCGCAAAGCGGACAAGGCCGCGGGCGACACCCCUUUUACGAAACCUGGGAAGCCCGAAUUCCAACAACCCGCCACCAAGCUGAUAGUCCGGAACUUGCCGUGGAGUAUCAAGACCUCAGAGCAGCUGUCCCACCUCUUCAGGAGUUUCGGCAAGGUCAAGUUUGCAGAUCUCCCUCAGACGAAGGGAAAGCUUAAAGGAUUCGGUUUCGUUACACUUCGUGGAAGGAAGAAUGCGGAAAAGGCACUGGAACUUGUCAACGGGAAAGAGAUUGAUGGUCGAACCCUGGCGGUUGAUUGGGCCGUUGACAAAGAAACAUGGGAGCGCCAAACGGGUCACGGCGAUGACAAAAAGGACGACAAGGAAGAUGCCGAGUCCAUCGAUGGAAGUGAAGCGUCAGCCGGUUCCACGCCACAGGGUGCUACCACGGCCCCGCGGAAGGAAGCUCAGGCGGACGCCGAUUUGCAAAACUUUUUGAAGAAUCAUAUGCAGAACCUCGAGGAAGAAUCGGAUGCUGAGGAAGAGGAAGAUGCGGCGACGGAGAGCAACGAAAAGGAACGCGAAACACCGCGUCAAAGGGUCACGGACAAUUCGUCGACUGUCUUCAUUCGCAACAUGCCGUUCACUACAACAGACGAGCAGCUCAAGAGCUUCUUUGCUCACUUUGGGGGAGUGCGGUAUGCUCGAGUGGUUAUUGACAAGGUCACCGACAAGCCGGCUGGAACAGGCUUCGUGUGUUUCUUCAAGCAGUCGGACGCAAAGUCGUGCGUCAAAGGGGCUCCUCGGUCUCAGCCAACCGCAGCCGGAGCCAAACAGUCACUUCUUGUCGACGAAAACGCUGACCCAAGCGGCAUGUACACUCUUGACGGGCGACUUCUUCAGGUUGUUCAGGCCGUCAAUAAGGAGGAGGCCAACAGUCUUGCGGAGAACUCGCUCUCGAAGAGAAGGGAAAAGGACAAGAGGAGACUGUACCUUCUCUCCGAGGGCGCCAUUGGAGGCGGAUCGCCACUCUUCGACUUGCUGUCACCGGCAGAGAUCCAGAUGAGACAGGCGAGCUCGGCGCAGCGGAAAAAGAUGGUUCAGGGCAACCCCAGUUUGCAUCUCAGUCUAACUCGACUUGCGAUCCGCAACAUCCCGCGCAAUCUAGACUCUAAGCAACUCAAGGAGCUCGCGAGAAGGGCCAUUGUCGGGUUUGCCCAAGACGUCAAGGAAGGCCGACGCCAGCCACUGUCCAAGGAGGAGAACGCCAGAGACGGCAAGGAUGUCAAAGACAAGGAAAGGCAGAGAAAGCUCAAAGGAAAGGGCAUCGUUCGCCAGGCCAAGAUUGUCUUUGAGAGCAACCAAGGGUCCAAGGUCCCUGAAAAGAGCGGGGCUGGUAAGAGUCGCGGCUACGGGUUCAUCGAGUACACCUCGCACCACUGGGCCCUAAUGGGCAUGCGGUACUUGAACGGCCACGAGCUGCAGGACGAGAAUGGGAGGAAGCAGCGAAUCAUUGCCGAAUUUGCCAUUGAAAACGCACAGGUGGUGCAGAGGAGACGUGUGGCCGAGGAGAAGUCGGCGCAAACUGCUCAAGCCAAGAGGACCAAGGCCGAGGUUGAGGAGGCAGAGGACAGUGAUGAUGAAAAGGGCAAAAGACAAGAUCGGGACGACAAGGCUGGGGGCAAGACGGAAACCUUGAAGCAAAAUUUGAUUGCGCGUAAGCGGCACAUGCGCAAGAAUAAGGCGCGAGUCGGAGGCAAGAAGUAG